AUGUUGCACGUUUCAAGUGGAGACAUUACACAAGUUAUACAAUAAAGAUUGAUAGCACAUUGAAUUUGCCACUUACAAUGUAAUUGGUGAAAGGUUUAUGAUCUAGUUAUAGUUUUUUACGUUAGACCAAAAUCCAUCAUCUACGGAUUAACACUACCUAGCAUGUUUGUCUCGCCCUAUCUCUUCGACCUUCACCUACAACAUUUCCUGUCACCAAGUGCCAAGUAAGCAAAGAGCAAAGAGUAACGAAGAGAGAGAGAAAAUCGAAAGAGGGUGGUUUAUCAGCCGCACUUUGAUAUCUCCGUCUCUUCUCUCUCCUCCUUCCCUCUUAACGGACUCUUCGAGGCCUUCUUCUUCUUCUUCUUCUUCUUCUCCAUUCUCAUUGCAAUUUACAAUAACACAUUCUCAAGCCCUAAGAUCUCUCACUGUCUCUCUCUCUUUCCUUCUCUCUCUCUAAAAAUGCAGGCAUCGCUCUCUCUCUCCGUCGCCUCCCAUGCCUCCCCGGCGGCCCUUGCCAGAUCAAAUCACUCCUCCGCCAGCUUCGCUCCUGUGAAUCUCCGAUUCUGCGGCCUUAGAAGGGAGGCCUUUGGAUUCUCCGAUCUCAAGCAGUCGGAAUCGCGCCGAGUUUGUCCGUCCAGCGCGAGGAGGUGGAAGGCCGCCGUGUCGGCUUUGGCGUCCGACAAUGGAAGCGCUCCGAAGUCGUUCGACUACGACUUGCUCAUCAUUGGCGCCGGCGUCGGCGGCCAUGGAGCUGCGCUUCACGCCGUUGAGAAGGGUCUGAAAACUGCCAUUGUUGAGGGAGAUGUUGUGGGGGGAACGUGUGUAAACAGAGGAUGCGUGCCAUCUAAAGCUCUUCUUGCUGUUAGUGGUCGGAUGCGUGAGUUUCAGACUGAGCAUCACUUGAAGGCCUUGGGCUUGCAGGUUUCGGCAGCUGGGUAUGACAGACAGGGAGUGGCUGAUCAUGCAAAUAAUCUUGCAACCAAAAUUCGUAAUAAUUUAACUAAUUCAAUGAAGGCUCUUGGAGUGGAUAUACUAACGGGCGUUGGUACAAUUCUGGGCCCACACAAAGUCAAAGUUGGAUCAUCUAAUGUCGUAACUGCGAAAGACGUAAUAAUUGCAACUGGUUCUGUUCCUUUCGUUCCCAAGGGCAUUGAAGUUGAUGGGAAAACUGUAAUUACCAGUGACCACGCUCUCAAAUUGGAAUUUGUUCCGGAUUGGAUCGCCAUUAUAGGAAGUGGCUACAUUGGUCUCGAGUUCAGUGAUGUAUAUACUGCACUUGGAAGUGAGGUUACCUUUGUUGAAGCUCUAGAUCAGCUUAUGCCUGGAUUUGAUCCCGAGAUUGGGAAGUUGGCCCAGAGAGUUCUGAUAAAUCCAAGGAAAAUCGACUAUCACACUGGAGUGUUUGCAUCCAAGAUUACUCCAGCAAAGGACGGGAAGCCAGUCACCAUCGAACUCAUUGAUGCGAAGACUAAGGAGCCUAAAGAAACCUUGGAAGUCGAUGCAGCACUGAUUGCAACUGGACGGGCUCCAUUCACACAAGGUCUUGGCUUGGAGAAUAUCAAUGUAGCAACACAACGUGGUUUUAUUCCUGUUGAUGAGCGCAUGAGAGUGAUUGAUGCAAAUGGAAAAUUGGUUCCUCACAUUUAUUGCAUUGGUGACGCAAACGGCAAGAUGAUGCUUGCUCAUGCAGCAAGUGCUCAAGGCAUAUCAGUGGUUGAACAAGUGACCGGAAGAGAUCAUGUGCUCAACCAUUUGAGCAUCCCUGCAGCUUGUUUUACUCAUCCCGAAAUCAGCAUGGUUGGACUGACUGAGCCUCAAGCAAGGGAGAAAGCUGACAAAGAAGGAUUUGAGAUAAGUGUUGCCAAAACAAGUUUCAAGGCUAACACAAAGGCCCUAGCAGAAAAUGAAGGAGAGGGACUUGCCAAGCUAAUAUACAGACCUGACAAUGGAGAGAUUCUUGGAGUUCACAUUUUCGGGUUGCAUGCAGCAGACCUCAUUCACGAAGCAUCAAAUGCAAUUGCACUAGGGACGCGUAUUCAGGACAUUAAGUUUGCGGUUCACGCACACCCAACAUUGUCCGAAGUGUUGGAUGAACUGUUCAAAUCAGCAAAGGUCAAAGCACAAGUUUCUAGCCCAGUAAGUGAACCAGUUGCAGUCUAAGCUUCUCGAGAAUCAAAGAUAAUUUAUUUGGAGAAAUUUGCUUGUGAUAGGGAGUGUCAAGGCAGUACACAUAUCAAGGCGAAAGAGAUCAACAAAUUUUCAUCUCCGAGAAAAGAACGAACAACUUGAGCGGCUUGGGGACGGUUAGGGAUAAAGUAUUUUGGAUCUUAGUUCGUUGGUUUCGUAAUUUUCUUAGUGGCUUGCAAAAAUACCUGUAUUCAUAACUGGAAAAUUUGGAAAAUUGUUUUCUCCUAGUUUUGGACAACUAUUCUGAUUAGAGGCUUAAUAAUAGUGAGCUGUUCAGCUGUUUUUGAAUCCGUUAAUGCAGAG